GCAGUGGGCAGAACUUUACAUCCAAGAGUGGCUUUACCAGGCUUUGGGCUCAGUCUCAGUCCAUUGACGCCGCGUCAACCUCGUCUUUCUUGUUGAUGAGAAAGCUGAAAUGCAGAGAAAGAACAAUUUUCAGCCCAGGAUCUCAGAUCUGAGAAGGUUGAAGCCAAGGUUUCUAACUUUUAGGACAUCUCACAGCUGAGCCUACAGAAACCCCAGAGGUUCUUCAAGGGUCAGAUGUUUGAGCCGAAAAGCUGCACCUAUACGUACCUACUGGGUGACAGAGAGUCCCGGGAGGCCAUUCUGAUCGACCCGGUCCUGGAGACAGCACCCCGGGAUGCCCAGUUGGUCAAGGAGCUGGGGCUGCGGCUGCUGUACGCUGUGAAUACCCACUGCCACGCAGACCACAUUACAGGCUCAGGGGUGCUCCGGUCUCUACUUCCUGGCUGUCAGUCUGUCAUCUCCCGCCUUAGUGGGGCCCAUGCUGACCUUCACAUUGAGGAUGGCGAUUCUAUCCCCUUUGGACGCUUUGCCUUGGAGACCCGGGCCAGCCCUGGCCACACCCCAGGCUGUGUCACCUUUGUCCUGAACGACCUCAGCAUGGCCUUCACUGGAGAUGCCCUGCUGAUCCGUGGAUGUGGGCGGACAGACUUCCAGCAAGGCUGUGCUAAGACCUUGUACCACUCAGUCCACAAAAAGAUCUUCACACUUCCAGGCAACUGUCUGGUCUACCCUGCUCAUGAUUACCAUGGACACACAGUGUCCACCGUGGAGGAGGAGCGGACUCUGAACCCUCGGCUCACUCUCAGUUGCGAGGAGUUUGUUAAGGUCAUGGACAAUCUGAACUUGCCUAAACCACAGCAGAUAGACAUUGCUGUUCCAGCCAACAUGCGCUGCGGGGUCCAGACGCCACCUUCCUAACCUGUUUCUGUCAGGUGCUUAUGUCCGUCAAGAAUGCACUCAGUGGAGCGAGGGGAGAGGGGUCACCACUAGACCUCUGUCCCCUCCCACCCUACCCCCAUCAGCCCCUCGAACUUCUUAAAUAAAAAGUAUUUUUUUUCCUUUCAUCAUGAA